GUCCUAAUCACACUCCACAGACGCGGCACAGUCCUGUUUGUGUGCCAGUGGUACUUUGAAAAAACGAGCCUAUUUUCAGACUCAAACUAAACGAUUCUCUCUUCGCCUGUUUGUUAUGGACGCGGGAACCUCCACCAUGAACCCUCCGUCCGCCCCGGGCCCGAGCUCGAGCUCAGGCCCCGGGGCAGCUCCGGGCAUGUCCGAGGAGCAGACGCACCACAAACCGUUCUUCUACGUGCAGCCGUCGCAUCCGUUUGUCCCGGUGCAGAGCGCGCAGUGGCCUGUGCCCGUGGCCCUGCCGUUCAACUACAGCCCGUACUACGGAGGAUACCCGGGAUUCGGUUACGGUCUUCCUCUGCUGCCGCACUUCCAGCCCACUCCAUACCUGGAUGCGCCAGGCUUCAUUUUACCCCACACCCAUCACCACCUCAUGGACUACCGACGCAUGCUCAACCCCCAGUACUAUCACUCCAUGGCCUACCACACGAGACGGCUACGCUACCAGCAAAACGUUCCAACAAGAGACGUAACCAACUCCGAAGUUCAGACUGAACCUCUUCCCAUGUCUCAGCGCACUAGCAUGCAAACUUUAAACCAACUGGAAACUCAAAACGAAACUUCAGAUCUCUCUACAGCUUUGUCGGUCCAAAAAGAUGAUCAUACCUUGGCGCAAAACGAUCUAGCGCCUGUAACGGCCAAUACUACGCCACCCAAAGGUGGUUUUGUAAUAGAGACUGAAGAGCUGAGGAUUGAGUGUUGCGCAUCGCCAGCCGGUUUACAAGUUCUGCAUUCGCACGAAACUUCGGAAAUGUCCAGAAGAUUUGCGCAAGAUGUCGUACACUGCAGUUCCAUUGUGCAAAAUGGCAUGCUACCUGACGACAACGUGCAAAUCAUGAAUACUGAAGGCAAAAAGGUGACUUCUCCACAACCUUGCCCAGAUAUACUGCUAGUAGCAAGUCCAAGUGGCAAUGAGAAAAGCAUAGAAUUAGAAACCACGGUUACAAACAAUUCAAAGAUCCAAAUUUCCUCCGAUGUUGACGCAAUCCGUAACGAAAAAAAUAUCAAAGUUAUUCGUCUUCCUUUCAAUGCAAAAUACUUGGCGGAAUUGCGCAAAAUUGAGUCUUCAGUUUGGUCCACGGAAGACAGUUUGGUGCCAUCUCCUGAGUUUAUAAUGGAUUCUUUCAAUGAAGCUUUGUCUGGAGAAGUCCCCUCAGCCCACAUGCUAAAUACCAGAGACAAAACUGUACAAGAUGAGAUUGUACCGAUUGUUCAUUUGCCGAAAACGAUGAGUGAAGAGUUGGAAAGCAUAGUCCCAACUUUCGAAAACCCCAUUGUGGAAUUACCACACAAACACAUACCAAAACAAGCUUGUGUUUAUAGCAAAGUGGAUCUUAAAUGCUCACAAAAUCUGCUAUCCGAUGAUUCGCCUGUAGAUGGAAACCAGCAAGACACUUCAUUCGAGUCUCUACCGGCGUAUCUACCGUCCUCAAGCUGGUUAACAGAUUUUGAAAAUGUUGGCUACAGCAAAAUGCCACCAACGCCUCAAAAAUUGAACAAGCAUAUUGAGGGUAGAAGUCUGAUCGUACCAGCCAGACGUAGAAAACUCGAUGCUGAAUUCAAAGACGCAACUACGAUUCGAAAACCAAAAGAAAAGUAUAAACCCAAAGAAAAAGAGGAUAGGAGGAGCCUGUCUGAUCACGAAUGCUGCGUUAGCCGAAGCUACAGUGAAAACACUUUUUCUUACGCCGCAAAGGGGCAACGACUAUGCACGAGAUGUUCAACAAAGCAAAAAAUCUACAAAACAUCCACCAGUCCCACGCAGGUGUCGAAACGCAAAAUGACACCGUUUCAGCCGUGGAACGAAGUCAUUUUGCCAACGUGUGACGCUUGUAAGGGGCAUUCAGAUAAGAGGUUUGCACGAAAAGGUUCAAGUCCUGAGAUAAGAGUGGAGAGAGAUGGGGAGAUGUCUGAAAAUGGCUGCAAGUGGAGAUGGGAUGAGUCGAGAAAGGAGCUGAAGAGGCCGCUGGCUUCGAAACAACCGAACAUGGAAAAAUGUUCAGGGAGUUAUUCGAAAAUGAGGGAAAGGGGCUGUCCCUGUGGAGAGUCCCAGCAGACCCAGUGGCAUAGGGUGUAUCACUGUUGCCACGGAAACGCCAUUAGAGAAGUAGACGAGAACUGCACUGCGGCAACGGGCCCGCAGCAAGCGCACCUCGCACACAGGUGGCAAACAGAAAAGCCCUGGAAAUCAGCUCCUGGACACAACACUGAAGGUUUCAAAAAUAAUUUAAUUCGAGCACAACACCUGAAUCUGCACAGAAAGUCACUACCACUGUCACAGGGGGUACAUUUGAAGGACACGCGGUGCUGAUUUUGCACAGAGCACAACUCGAGUGAACAACGCACUUUUUAAACCUGGAUACACUUCCAUUCAUUUACUUCCACUGUGUACAAACUCACAACGUUCACUAUUUAUUACUGAAGAAUAAACACUGGUUUAUACAUUA